UAUAUAUAAAAUUGUUGAAAGUAUGUGAUAUGAAGGGUUCAGAAAUGUAGUUACAAAAUAACUUCUCAUCUUAUUCCUGUAAAAAGUCGACACGGGAGAGUUUUAAUGAAAUCUAACGGCCGUUACAAUUGGAGAAAGUCGUUCAGCUUCAAGCAAAAUUUAUACAUUAUCUGUUCGUGCUUCUGAAGUUCUUACCAGAUAUUUAAUAAAAUUAGCGUUCGGAAAAAAACAUUUUUUACACGAUUUCCGUCGUCUACUAGAUAAAAGUGAUUAUCUCGGGGAAAAAAUAGCAUGAUGCAGUCAGUAUGAAUUCAGAUCGCAUACAUUUUUUGCAGGAACAUGUUGACAAAUUGUUUUUGUGUGGAAAUCGUAGACAUUUUUUAGGUGAAAAGUAUCAGUGCACCAUGAAUGUUGGAAACUUCGUAGUGUGAAUAGAAUAUAUGUCAAAAGUGCCACCCUAAGACUUAAAUGAUUGUAAGUCUCGACUGGCCAAUUUUUUUCUUCGUUAUGUCUGCGCUCAGAGUUCAUCGACAUCUUUUGGCAGACUUUGCUCCUGCUAUACGACUAUUAUCCUCAUGGACCGGACGGUGGAACCAUGUACGUCGAAGUUCAAAGCACCUUCACCGCACCUGCAGUACAGGUCAUGUAGACAAUGGAGAGAUUUUGCUUCAGUGGAGACGAAAAAACUUCAAAUCUGUAGAAAAAGAUACACAGGAACUGUUUCAGAAAGUCAUGAGUCGAGUACCUCAGCCAGUGAUAGUGGUAACAACAGGGGAGUAUGACCCAUGCACAAACAAGUGGAACAAACGUGGCGUCACUUGCAGUUCUUUUUCCAGUGUUUCUGCUUCUCCAUCAGUUAUUUCAUUUUGUCUUCAACAAGAAAGUCGUAUGCAUGACAUGUUAAGAAGAGUUGGAAAAUUUGCUGUGCACAUUCUAGCUGAGGACCAGGUCAGACAUGCUCUGCAUUUCUCAAAACGAGCUGAAGAUGGACAGUCCCAGUUUGAGAGCACACCUCAUAUUCAAGGGGAAGAGGGCUUGCCUAUUAUUUUGGGAUGCCUAGCAGUCAUGUUAUGCGAGACCCAUUCAUAUCAUGGAGUUGGGGAUCACAAUGUUUGGUAUGGCUUUGUUAAUGGUGUCAGCCUGUCAGAGACAAUCCAUGAACCCCUCAUUUAUUUCUUCAGGUCAUUCCGGUCAGUGGGUGAUCAGGUGUUCUUACAGGCAUUUGAGAAUGCUACACUGCCAUUUACAGAUUGGACACAUGAAGCCCACUUGCGCAUGGCAUGGAAUUACAUCAAAGACUAUGGGCCUGAAGGAGCAACACCUUACAUCAAAUUGGGAAUACAAAAAUACAAUGAAAGAAACAAAGAAAAGAUUAAAGUGGGCUACCAUGAAACAAUAACCAUUUUCUUCAUCCAUCUGGUAUCUAAAGCAAUCAAGGAGAGCAUGGAUGCAAAGAUGACUUUUGAGCAGUUCCUGACAGAAAAUAGGCACCUCACUGAUGCAGAUCUGUUGUUUGAAUACUAUAGCAAAGAGGUUCUCAAUCAGCCCGAUGCCCGCAACAGAUUUAUACCUCCAGAUAAAAAAAGCCUACCCUGAUGUUUUAACUAGGUUAGAUGAAAAUCUGCAUUUGUAUUAUUAAAUGUACAAUAAAUUAGAAGAGGUACUCAAAAAUUAUAUUGUGUAUUGAAAGUAAUUCAGGGGAACACACUGAGCAAACAGAGUGUAGAUAUGAUGCUACCUCAGCACAGUGAAGGCAAGGCACUACACAUGGCAUCCACCGAAGCACAUGAACUGCACAAAGAUUAUUCAGGCUUAUUGAAACUGGUGUUACAGAAUGUCAUUGCAUGAACCUUCCAGCAGUAUAAGGCAGCUGUUUAACACUGCUUUUUCACCACUGAACUUUUUCUUCAAAAAUUCAGUUUAAAAUUCUUUCCAUGAAAACUUUAAGUUUUGCACUGGUAUUAAAAUGUGAUAGCUCAG